AUGAACAAAAAGAAACCACAACCACAGAGAACCACAACCACAGAGAACCACAACCAGAGAGAACCCACAACCAGAGAGAACCCGCAACUACAGAGAACCAUAACAAAGAGAACCGCAACCACAGAGAACCGCAGCAGAGAGAAAACUCAAUCCCGCAACCAUAGAGAACCACACCCGAAAAGAACCGCAACCAUAGAGAACCGCAACCACAAAGAACCGCACCCAGAGAAAACACCCAGAGAGAACCAAAACCACAGAGAACCCAACCACAGAGAAUCACAAACCACAGAGAACCGCACACCAGAGAACCCCAACCAGAGAGAACCACAACCACAGAGAACCACACCCAAGAAACCAGCAACCAAGAAAACCGCAGCAGAGGAAAAACCGCAACCCGCAACCCAGAAACCACAACCAGAGACAAUCUUAUACCCAAAAAGAACCACAACCAGAGACAAUCCUAACAAAGAGAACCGCAACCAUAGAGAACCGCAACCACAAAGAACAGCAACCACAGAGAACCACAACCAGAGAAAGAGGGAAAAUCAACAACGCAACCGAAGAACCGCAGCACAGAGAAAACCAGAGAACCGCAACCAGAGAACCCGCAACAACAGAGAACCACAACCAGAGACAAUCAUAACAAAGAAAAACCGCAACCACAAAGAACCGCAACCACAAGAACCCAACCAUAGAGAACCACAUCCAGAGAAAAACCGCAACCAGAGAGAAACCACAACCACAGAGAACCGCAGCAGAGAGACCACAACCAGAGACAAUCAUAACACAAGAGAAACCGCAACCACAAAGAACCGCAACCACAGAGAACCACAACCAGAGACAAUCAUAACAAAGAGAACCGCAACCACAGAGAACCGCAACCAGAGAGAACCACAACGGAAAGGACGCCAGAAAUCCCCCCAGAGUAGCGGUUCUGUAUCUCAACCUUCCUAUAACAAUCCCGAGGAUUCUCAUAUGUGUGGAAUACGAUUAUCACGUAACGGGAGAACAGGAACUUAUGACACAUAUACAUGCUUGCUUCGAGAGCUGGAGAACAAGACUGCUCGGAGGCUAUAA